AUGAUCGCCCAAGUACGUGGUCUCGCACUGGCCCUCUUUUGUGUCGGUGCAUGCGGGCAGGCCGACACAGUCGAGGCCUGCACAGGCGAGGCCUGCACAAGCGGGCAAGAUCUGCAUCUCCUUCAGCACAAAGCCCAUGUCGUCCCUCACGCGACAAGUGCGGAAAGUGCGAAAGCCACAGCGUCGUCCUCUUUGGAGGGGAAGUCGGUGUAUCUGAUCAUGACUGACCGCUUUGCUCAUGCUGAGGGGCACCCUGAGGCCUGCAGUGGCACAAAGUGGUGCAACGGCACGCUGAAGGGUAUCACGAGCCAGUUGGGCUACAUCGAGGGCAUGGGUUUCGACUGUAUUUGGGUUACUCCGGUGGUUAAGAACUUCUAUGGUCCUGCCUCAGAGCAGAGUGGCUACGGCUACCACGGCUAUUGGGCUGAGGACUUGUAUCAGAUCGAUCCCAACUUCGGCAGCAAGGAGGACCUGAAGGAGUUGAUCCAAGAAACGCAUCGCCACGGCAUGUGCUUCAUCCUUGACAUCGUCUUGAACCAUGUCCGCCCCAUCCACUCUUUAAGCGACCUCCGGCGAGUGAACCCUUUCAAUGAACCUCACCACCUACACCUUUUGAACAUGAGCAACAUGACCUUCGACGAGUAUGCGGCCAAAGCUGACACAUGGCCAUACCCAACGCAAGCCGUCGGGCCCGGCGCCGCCUGCUAUCUACACUUCUUCCCUGACGGCACGCCCGACGGCACCAACAACGGCACCUUUUGCAACAACUACCCAAGCAACGUCUACACCCCUGACACCUACUUACCACGAGCUCCAGGGCCGCCAUCGUUGAAGUAUUGCGGGCCCGGAGACUACAUCUGCUCAGGCUACAAUGAGACUGUGAAUGAGGAAGGUUGGUUUUACGACCUCGGGGACUUGAACCAGUCGGUGCCGUUCGUGCGACAAACCCUGCUCAGCUGGGUCAAGUUCAUGGUGACCGAGUUCCCUGUGGACGGCCUGCGCUUGGACACGGCUUCCUUCAUGGCACAUGACUUCCUGAAGGAGGUUCAGGACCUCCUCAGCUCACAGGAGAAGCCGAUCCCAGUGAUAGGCGAAGUUACAACAGGGAACAUGACCUAUCACGCUUCCUUCCAGCACAAGAAUGGCCAGGCAAUUCUGAAAGGUAUGCAAAAUUUCCCUUUGGUGUAUGCAGCAGCUCCCGGUUACUGUGGGUGGCCAAACCAUGCCCUCUCUCCUGUUAGCGGCUUUAACCUUUCAUACCUGGCGGUCGAAAGCGAGAGGCAAUGGAAAUCCCGAGCUUACGCCAACACCGACUUGCUGUUGAACACCGUCAGCAGCCAGGACGAUGGUCCCAUCUUCGGCUUGUACCGAUACUCGACAGACCCAUUCUCGCCGGGGACUGGUGGUUGCAAGGACUAUCCGUCCUUGGUGCUGAACGCGUGGGCGUGGCUCAUGUUCACGAAAGGCAUGCCAGCAGUGACCUGGGGCGAUGAGCAGGGCAACGCUGAGUACCGGAAUUCUUUGUGGCAGUUCGGCUGGAAUCGCUCUGCUUGGCAAUACCAGCUGCUUGCCAGGAUGAACACCAUCCGUCGACAGAACCAUCUGGAGACAGCCAGUGCUAAGGUACACUAUGGCGACGAGCACCACUAUGUUUUCCAACGUCUGUCCAGCGAAGGGCAUUGUGUCUGGGCAUUCACCAACAAUUUGCCUCUCACACUGGAGCAGGAGCAAGCAGUGGUGUAUCCUGUGGCCCCGCCACCCCCACCGAAGGGAAUGAUUUGGAGAGAUGCACUCUUUCAGCAGCCCUUCAAGGUGGAGGCGGGGCAACUGACGGCACAGAGCUCAAGACCCCUAAUCUUGAUUCUUGAGCAGGAAGUGUCUGUUGUAGAUGGUGAAGAUAAGCCAUACCUCCAAGAAGCGAAAACCUGCUGCACCGCGUAG